AUGCCGCGCAUUGUGUUCUAUUACGACUGUGUAUCCCCAUGGGCUCGCAACGCAUAUGAAGUUCUGAAACGUUACGAGCCGAUUUGGGCUGUUGAAUUGGUUUUGAAACCGGUGAGCUUGAAGUGAGCCUUCCCCACCUUUCAUCCGGACUGACGGUGGUACUGCGACUGCCUCGACGCAGCGUUUCCUAGGGUCAGUUGUAGUAACCGAGGAUCCAGUCCAAGACGCUGAGAGCUCACGCUUAUACAUACACUUGCUCUGUGGAUACUUGCUUUGUGGUUUGACGCUCUGCACCACCUGGCAGAGGCGUUAUGGUUGCUAGCGGCAACAAGCCUCCAUUGACUGUGGCGAACAAGGGCAAGUGGAUGAACAGCGUCGACCUGCCUUUGGCGAGCGAGUUUCUUAAGGUGAGUUGUCCACACGAGUCAUCGAAUGACUCCAUUUGUUCUGUGCUAAGCAAAUCAUGAGCGCCAACAACCGAAAUGAUCAGCUGCCUUUCGAGUUUCCCGACUCGUUCCCCAUCAAUACGAUGCCCGUCGCCCGGUUCCUACGUCAGGUGGAGGAAUCUUCCCCGGACCGUCUGCGCCGCACCACGGACAUUUUCUUCAACGCCAUCUGGGGCACGAACAAAUUGCAACCCGCGAGCGCCUCGGCCAAGCCGGAAAAUUGGCGCAAGUUGUUGCCUUCCUCGCUCUUCAGCGACCAAGAACUGCAGGCACUAGUCGAGCGUUCCAUGGGUACUGAGAACAAAGACAGGAUCAAGGCGGAGGCCGCUGCCCUGGUCGAAGAAGGGUAUGUGUCCCUCUCCAUUUCCGACUUUCCAAGUGAGGGGCGCGAAACGCACGCUGAUCGCCAUUCCUCUGCGGCUCUAGGGCUUUCGGCUUCCCGUGGAUCGUCGUGCAGCGCGAUGACGGCCAGACUCGUUCAUUUUUUGGCUCGGACCGUUUCGAAAUCAUAGCUUUUUGGCUUGGAAAGAGAUGGAGUGGGCCGUGCCCAACGAGCGAGCAGGCGCCGGCGAAGCUCUAG